AAUUUUCAAGUGAAAAAUCCCAAAAAAAAUCAUUGAAAAUGCCCAUUUUUCCAAUUUUCUUCACAGCCUUCGUGAAUAUUCUUAAUCGUCAACCCGUAGACAUGAGUGGAGCUGUAGCACAAUACGUAAGGGAUACCAUCGCUAGCGAUAAGGUGGUCAUCUUCUCCAAGACUUACUGCCCGUACUGCCGGAUGGCCAAGGAACAAUUUGAUAAACUCUCGCAGAAAUUCACAGCUAUUGAGCUGGAGACGCGUGAUGAUGGCUCUGAGAUUCAAGAUGUUCUCGGUGAGAUGACAGGAGGCAGAACGGUUCCUCGGGUAUUUGUGAAUGGUCAAUUCAUCGGUGGUGGAACGGAUGUGAAGAAAAUGUACAACGAUGGGAGUCUGGAGAGACUGCUGGCGUAGUCAUCGUGUUCACCUGUAAGAGAAUUCCUCCACGAGGAGUCAUAAAUUACUGUUGAACAUUCAUUCUCUCUCUGUUUUGAUGGUGUGGGCUCUAUAAAUAAAUUCUCUCAGCUGA